GUGAACUCCACCCAGACCCCGCCCCAGACGUUCGGGAUUCGUCGGACGCCGCGGGUCCCUAGUGGCGCCCGUUGCCAUGGUGAUCGCCGCCGCUGGCCCAGCCCGACCAGGCAGCGCGGAGCCCCGAGCUUCUGCAGCCGCAGCGGGACUGCAAGGAUGAGGUCCUCCCUGAUGCCUUUGGGGCCCCCUGUGAGCCGGGACCGUGUCAUCACCAGCUUCCCUAAGUGCUACAUGCCAGACGCCUGCCUGCAGCUCAAGGAGCACUUCCACGGGCAGGUCAGCGCCGCCUGCCAGCGCAGGAACACGGGGACCGUCGGGCUCAAACUCUCCAAGGUGGUUGUCGUUGGCGAUCUCUACGUGGGCAAGACCAGCCUCAUCCACAGGUUUUGCAAGAAUGUUUUUGACCGUGACUACAAGGCCACCAUCGGGGUGGACUUUGAAAUCGAGCGCUUUGAGAUCGCUGGGGUUCCCUACAGUCUCCAGAUCUGGGACACAGCAGGGCAGGAAAAGUUCAAGUGCAUCGCCUCCGCCUACUACCGGGGUGCGCAGGUGAUCAUCACGGCCUUUGACCUCAGUGACGUGCAGACUCUGGAGCACACCAGGCAGUGGCUGGAGGACGCGCUGAGGGAGAACGAGCCAGGCUCCUGCUUCGUGUUCCUUGUGGGAACCAAGAAGGACCUUCUGUCAGGGGCUGCGUGUGAGCAGGCGGAAGCGGAGGCCGUGCGCCUGGCCAACGAGCUGCAGGCUGAGUACUGGUCGGUGUCGGCCAAGACGGGGGAGAAUGUGAAGGCGUUCUUCAGCCGUGUGGCCGCCCUGGCGUUCGAGCAGUCGGUGCUACAGGACCUGGAAAGGAGGAGCAGCGCCCGGCUCCAGGUCGGCGACGGAGACCUCAUUCGUCCUGCCCUCCUGGUCCGUGGGCGAGGAUGGGCACAACAGGCCGCUCGCGCCCCUCCGGGCCCCCUGGACAGUGAAUUUCCCCAGCUGUGCUGUGGGGAGAAGACCGCCCAGUGCUGCUACAUCCCCCGUUUGUGUCACUGCCUGGCUCUGCUGCCUGCAGCAGCCACCCAUGCUCUGCCGGACCGGCACCCACUGCUGCCCCUGCCACCUCUCUCCCGCCCGACUGCAAGGAAGGGCCUGGGAACCAGCGCUGGGCACAUGCCUCUCAGGACCUUGGUGAUGGCAUCCACGCAUCUUUGGAGGACGUCAGAGGCCAACUCCACCACCCUCUCCUGCACACCAGCUCUGCCCAGAUUGUCCCACCCUCUUCCCCAGCCUGCCCCACCCCCCUGUGCCCCAGUCUGCCCACUCGUCCCCGCCCACCUCGUGCCCUAGGCCGGCGGGCAGUCUGGCCUCCACCUGCUCGUUGUAGACGGCCAGCGUCUUUUGGGCUGCCUUGCUGGUCGGAGCCGUCUCCCAGUGCCCCAAGCAGUGCUGGCGCACUGCAGGCGCCCAGUGGGUGCUUGUCGGCCCGCAGCGAUCGCCAGAUAUCACAGAAGAACACUGGCAUCUUUUUCUGUUCGUUUCCCUUUCACCACAUUUUUAGCUGUCUCUUUUUAUAGAUAUGAAAAAAUACUUUUUAUAAAUCACUCUUAAAGGAAUUACGUUCAUGCUUAUUGUAAAACAAAACAGUGCAAAGCUUUGUAUAAAACACAAAGUAGAAGUCCCCUCCCGUCGGUGGCACUCCCCAGCAGGAAGCGUUGUUAACAGCUGGUAGGAUUCCUUCCAGACUGUUCCUGCACGAGCUUGUUUGCUGUUUAACCAGAAUGACCUCUCAGGGCACCCGCUGCCAGCACCCUGCAUUCUGGAUGACCUGCCGAGGCGCCCUCACUGUGGGCACGUGCCCAGCCUGCUGCUGUCUUUGGCAGCUGCCACUUUUCCUUCCUGUGGCUAGCCCGGAGUCCACCCACCGUGCCCUGUUGGUGGGACAUUUGGUUUGUGCCCAGCUUUCAGCCCCAAAGGUGCCACAGUGACCAUCCCUGUAAUUACAGCUUUGCACCCUCUGGAUUCCCCGAAGAGGCCUUGCUGGCCCUUCUGUGGACUGUGGCCCCAGCUCGGUCCACUGGACACAGUCAGGGGGCAGGCCACACUGGGGGUGCAUUGAGACCAGGUGUGCAGCACACAAGAGGAAGUGUCAUGGGAUGGGAGAGCCUGCCAGGGUGGGCUGGCACUCUCCACGCUCCUCCCCUCAGCCCUUCAGGCCCAGGUUCAGGGGCAAUAAUCAUGUCCUGAGCUAGAAACAAGCCGUUUCCUGUGCUCCCGCCCGCCCCAUAAACGGCCCUUUA